UAACUUGUUAUUUGAUAUAAUUAUUAAAGAAUAAAAAAUGUUGGUAAAAAUUUUAAUUUGCGUUGCUCUAAUUUUUUAUCAAUCGGUGUAUUCAGCAAAAAUAUUAGGAUUAAGUCCAUCAGUCAGUAAAAGUCAUACAUUUUUAGCACAAGCAUUAUUUAAAAAACUGGCAGAACGUGGACAUGAACUGACAAUGGUUAGCUCAUAUCCGUUAAAGAACCCGCCAGCAAAUUUUCGUAAUAUUCCUAUGGGAGACGUGAAAAAUAAAAUUUUUGAAUUGAGUGGGUACACUACCAACCAGCAGUUAUUAAACUUCAACAAAGGUCAUUUCACACGGAUAAAAAAAAUGUACGACUUCGGUUAUGGCCAAGCACGCCUAGGACUAGAGGACCCUCAGGUACAAACAUUAAUACAUUCAAAUGAAACAUUUGAUUUAGUCAUUUGUACUGUCUUCAUGAAUGAAGCGUUCUUUAGUUUAGCUGAUCAUUAUAAGGUACCGUUAAUAGGAUUUGGUGUAUUUGGUGCCAACGAAUGGACGAAUAAUUUAGUUGGAAAUCCAAAUCCAUAUGCAAUCGUACCUGAUUUAUUUUUAUCAUACACCGAACAUAUGACAUUUAGUGAACGAUUAGUGAAUACAAUAGUCUCUAUUGCAAGCGGCCUAUGGCAUAAUUAUGUACAUUUACCACGGCAAGAAAAGUUACGACAACAAUUUUUACCACACACCAAACCAAUAUGGGAAACUUUAAAAGAUGUUUCGUUAGUAUUUUUGAGUUCACAUCCAAGCUUAACAGAUCCACGUGCUUUAGUUCCGAACAUGAUUGAAAUUGGUGGAUUCCAUGUAGACGCUCCAAAAUCAUUACCAAAUGACUUGCAAAAAACAUUGGAUGAUGCCAAAGAUGGUGUGAUUUACUUUAGCAUGGGAACAAAUGUUGUUGGUAAAGAUUUACCAGAAUCACAUAGAAAAGCACUUUUGGACGCUUUCAGUAAGUUAAAACAAACUGUACUUUGGAAAUGGGAAGAUGAUAAAUUACCAGGUCAACCGAAGAAUGUUAAAAUUAGUAAAUGGUAUCCGCAAGCAGAUUUAUUAGCGCAUCCAAAUAUUAAACUUUUUAUAACUCAUGGUGGAUUGUUGAGUACAACUGAAGCUAUAUCACGAGGUGUUCCUUUGAUUGGAAUUCCUGUUUUUGCUGACCAAAGCUUAAAUAUGGCCAAGGCUCAAACAUCAGGCUAUGGAAUAAUGGUUGAUUAUUAUAAUGUCACUUUUGAAUCCAUGAAUUGGGCUUUGAAUGAAGUUCUUAAUAAUCCAAAGUACACGGAAAAUGUGAAAUUACGAUCUAAAGUGUUGAAUGAUCGACUUGUCCCACCAAUAGAAGAAGCUGCAUAUUGGGUGGAAUAUGUUUUAAGACAUAAAGGAGCUCCACACUUGCAAUCUGCUCGAAAAGAUUUGAAUAUUUUUCAGUAUUUACUGCUUGAUAUUUUAGGAUUUAUUUUAAUGGUUGUAAUCAGUAUUUGUCUUUUAAUUUAUUUUGUAGCACGGAAGGUAGCCAAUUUUUUUAGAAAGAAAGGCAAUCAUUCUAGGAAUGAAAAGAAAAAGCAAUAA